AAAUGGGUGAACGCGGAUGGACCUUCUACGCUUUGAAGCUAGGCCCUGUACGUUCCUGUUUGAGUGUUUGUCUUGACCGUCGUUAGCCCUAGGUCACGCCCAAAGUUUGCUCCUCUGUUAGACAGGACAGGGUAUCCAAACACUUAUACAUGCAGCAAGAUAGCAAGAUAACCGUUGUCAGCUCCGUGUUGGCGCCAUUUUGUAGCUUUUGACUCGCAAGUAUGGCUAGGCGAAGAUCCUCAGCCCGGAGCAGCCGCGUGCAAGCCGACAAUAGCGGUAAUAAUAGUACUUUGAUCACUAGCUUCCCGGCCUACGUUAACACGUGCCUGCGGCGACUUCCUGAUCAAGCGGAGCGCUUUCUUUCCUAUGGAGGUCGUUUAUCUCCUACCGCACGGAGGGUAGCGGAGAGCUUGUCGCAGGAUAUUGGCACUGUAUUCGGCCACCUAGAAGCGCUUCGCGCUUCGGCCACUUCGGCCGAUUCCACGGAGACUGGCGCGGCAGUAGAUGUAUCGGCGGUGCUAAGUCAUGGGCCCGUGAGGGUGUCACUGUUGCGACUAAUCGCAGUUGGAGCACGGCUUCCGCCUGAGGAGUACCAGCCCGAUGCCCAGGCCCAGCUGUCGCGUGCGCUAUGCUUUGUCCGAGCCCGAGCGCUAGCUGGAGGACUUCUGGACCAAGCAUCCUCGGUUAGCUGCCCGCGCAAUGUCCCAAUACCCGCAAUAGACUUUGCGCGCAGCCUGCUGCGCAUGCAAACACUGCAAGCGCUCAGCCGUCAGCUAGCCGCUGCCACAGCCCUCCUCCUGGCCGCCCCAGCCCCACCCAACCCUUCCCUGCAGCAGCAACAUGCACUGCUAAUAAUCCGGUGGCGCGCCGCCCUUGUUGUGGAGAAUGCCUGCAGGUUCACAUGCGCGCUCACGACACUUGCCGCGUUGCCACUCACCGGUACCGUACGACCAACAACGCACCGCCAGCACCAGCAGCAGCUGUCGCCCCCGCAGGAUGAAGCAGCCAUUGUUGCGUAUUCGCACUACGUGACCGAGCUCGUGGCCGCCUUGCAGGACAGCUGCGUCCUGGAGCAUGCAGCCCGGUUGCUGCUGCUGUUGAUCGAGAUUGCACCCGAGUUAAACGACCUUCCCGGAGCCUCGGUGCACCUCAAGAAAAUCCUUCUCAACCUGCUCUGGCUUCGCGUCACGGAAUCGCUGGAUCCCGUCGGCGCUACUCCCGUAGCGCAGCUCCACGAGGUGUUAUCCGGCUGUUGUCUGCGGCACGCAGCCCUCGUCAUCGGCCUGGCAGUGCUGUGUAAGGUGGAUGGAGGCUCGUCGUACGGUUUGCCGCUGGAGCUGCUGCGCGGCGUUCCGGUGAUCACACCGCACUCAUCCGCACCGGAAGCGUCGGGUCGGUGCCUCCGAAUUGUGGAUGACGGGACGUUUAUCAACAUGCUGCGGUUGCUGCAUCCGCAGAGCUGGCGCCCGCCCCCCGGCCGGCGUACGGUGCUGGAGGUUGCUCACCGCAUUGGCAGCUUUGCGGUAGCGUCUGGGCAGGUCUGGGCGGGCGUGGCGUGCCCUCUGGAUGGAAGGCAUGCACGCGGCAGCGCCCGCAGGUUCCGUGCUGAGGUUAGCGGGGGUGGUGCAGGAGCAGCAGCAGCAGCAGCAGAGGCGGCUUUUCCGUCCGCAGCCCCUUCCGACCCUUGGGCAGUGUUACCAUUACAGGACGUGCCGGAGGUGGCGACGGAGGCGCUGCGUGUUGCAUCCCAUCACCUGCGGCCCCUGCAGCCCGACUCCGCACCACAAUCAGUGGAGGAGGUGGUGCAGUGGUGGCGGCUGGCGGAAUCCGUCGUACGGCAUGCGGUACGAGGAGCGCGGAGAGGCGUGUCCGAGCAGCUUGCCGCCGAGAUGUCGGAGCGGCUUGCCCGGGGGGCCCGGCUGCCCUGUAGCCUGGCGGAAGGCCCAUCUCCCGAGGUGGCAGCAGCGCUGGCGGGCGGCUUCCUGCCCUGCCUGGAGCGCCUGCUGCGGCGAGCCGGUGAAGAACCCACCUCCAGCAGCAGCGGCAGCAGCAGCCCGGAGGCCGCGCUGUUGUGCGGGCUGCUGGACGCAAGGACCCAGGGCUGCCUGGUCUCCCUCCUGGUGUACGGCCAGGAGCGGCAGGCGGCGGCACUGGCGGUCACGAUUGGGAAGCUGCUGCGUGGGACGGAGCUGGGGGUCGUCACUACUGAAGCCGGAACUGAAGCUCCAAGUGCGCUAGCAUCCGUCCAGCGCCGGGUGGCGCAUGCAGCCUGGGGCUUCCUGGAGUUUGCAGCGGACGCGUUGCGGCGUGCGGCUAGACAGGGGGAGGAUGCACUGCUCGCCGCCGCUGCUGCGUCUGCUCCUUUCCGGCAGAUGGGUGUGAUGGCGUCAAUCGCGCUGUGCGAGUGGCUGCCGCCGCUGUCACGACUGGUGCGGCAAGCGGCUCGGGAGGUCGCGGUUGCUGCCGGGGUAUCCUCCGCCUCAGCAGCCGCUGGGAGCGCUGCUGCUGGGGGGCUGGAGACGAUGACUCAGUACGUGGCUGGCUGCUUGUCUUGGUGGUUGCUACCGAUGAUGCACAAACGCGCCAGCAGCUUCGAUCAUGUUGAUAAGGAGGAGGAGGAUGGUGGCGGCACAGGAGGCACUACUGGCGGUGGUGCGAGCAGCAGCAGCGGUGCUACAGCGGCAGGCGCUGGUCGGAGCGGUAUUGACGCAGCAGCAGGUAGCGGCGGGGUAGCCUCUGCUUCCACCUCGCAGGGCGUGAAGGCCGUCGCCGCCAGCAGCAGCAGCGACCCUGAUGCCUACGGCUGCGGCGGCUGGUUUCAGCUGAUGCUGGGGGAUGUGGAGGUGGUGGCGCUGCUGGGAGCCGCGCUGCAGCUGGGCGCGAGGGGGCCGCGCGAGCGGGGCUGGCUCAUCGCGAGCUGCUGCAAUGCAGCGUCAAGGUUCACGCGGCAGGUGCAGGAAGCGGCGGUGGCGACAGCAGCCGCGGGCCGGCACCGCUCGGGGUGGCACUAUGAGACGGUGUGUGGGCUGCGGCCGACGGGGAGUGGUAGCAGGCGCAUGCAGCGGGAGCUGGCGGCAGAGAGGGCGGCCGCGGAGGCCCUGGCUGCGCAGCUGGACAGCUGGACUGCUGAGACGCGUGCCAAGCACGCAUGGAACGGGGGCGACGAUUGUGACGUUGAUGUGGUCGAUCACGAGAGCCCCAGCAUGCAGAGGCUGCAUGCGGCUGGUAGAGCCACGAUGUCACUGGAGGUUAGGGGUGCGGCGGCCCUGCUGGUGUCGCCGGCGGAGCUGCGGGUGCGGGGGUUGGUGCGGGGCUGCGGCAACCCGGGGUGCACCAACCUGGCGGGGGACAGCGAGGCGGAGGUGAAGCUGAAGGCGUGCGGGCGGUGCGGGGCUGUGGGGUACUGCUGCCGGGAGUGUCAGGUGGCGCACUGGCGGGCGGGGCACAAGGAGGCGUGUGGGCGGGGCCAUGGUGUUGGGUGAAGCAGGGAGCGCCAAGGUGCGUGCCAACGUUGGCGUUUGAUACUAGGGGCUGCAUGGGUUGUAACGUAGGGGUGGAAAGGCGGCACGGUUUUAGCCGCGUUGGAUCAGAGGCACAUAAUGCAUGAGUUUGCUCGCCCCUUCCUGGGGCGUAGUCUUAGUAUUCGGUGGACAAAGAGGUCCGGACCAAGGCGUUUGUGUCCUGUUGUACCGCGUUCAUGUCCUAUGUCUGUCCCCUUGUACGUGUCUGUAUGAACCUGCAGAGAGUUGGUAGCGGUAGUUCCGCAGCGAACGUAAGGUUAGCGAUUACCGUUGUAAAAAAAAGAAAAAGGAAAGGAUUUCGACUUGCAGCGUGGCAGAGGGCAGGGUCGAGGACUGAUCCAGAGCCAGAGAGUCGCGCCAAUUGUAGAGGGAGACGGUGUGUUGACGAUGUGAAGAAGUGCCUUAUAUCGCUGACUUGCAUGUUUUGCUAAGAUACCUACAUGUACGUGCAUGCAUUGCCACGCACCUCCUGCUUCAAGGUUAUCAAGAACCGUUCUGUGACACCCCUAACUGGCAAUUGAGGUUGGUGCCGUUCGGCGGGGUUUAAACCUGCAGACAGUAUGUUUAUUGCGUGUACGGGUGGGAACAUAGGGUUGCUUGUGGUCCCGAAAUCGGUUCACUUUAGGGGCCCUACCUUGCUUUGUUCUUUCCUAGGGCACAGCUUUUUGAGGGGCGUUUUUAUGGGGAAGGUUGUGGCCCUAUCUGGCAGGACUUGGGACAUAAGGUAUAGGGUUUACAUUUGCUUGUUCUGGUUGCUUGUUGAUGCUGUUAUGUGCCUCCAGCUUUCUAGUGGGGUUAGGGGGUGUCCUACUGUCCGGUGGUCAAAGUGGGGGUUCGAUUUGAGAGGCAGGGCACACGUCCUCGUUCUUGUCCUCUCUAGUAGGUGUGUAGACUCAGAGACCUCAAUGUUUGGGACUUUUGAGCGAAGUUUCACCCUCCAGCUUCGUAGUAAGGGUGCAAUCCCUCUUGCGUCUAAAAGGUGCACCGCCCAUGUUCUUGGUAAUAAGUGUAUCGUAGUUACGUUAGCAGGGAUGAUGAUGACAUCAACUCAUCACUGUCAUCAGUUUAUUUAUUACCAGGAACAUAUGUCGGCAUAUCUGAGCGCUGCCAGGCUUGGAUGGACUAUAUGCUUAGUUAGGCAAUGCCGGCUAUCUACAUCUGCCGUACCGUGCGUUAUAGCCUGGUGAGGAUACUU